AAAGCAACAGCCCAUAACCCACACACGCUGCUUUUAUUUUACUCAUCAUUUAUUUAUAUUUAUCGCUUCGAAACAAAAGAAAAAACUUGACGAAGCAGAAAUGAGAGAAGAAGUUAUAAGUUCCGGCGGGACCAUGGAUCCUACUCCUGCUGCGAGUUCUGCUGGAGCAUCGUCACCUGCUAUUAAUGUUUCGAAAGCAGCGUCUGUAUCUGGUGUUGGCUCACAAGUACCAUGGACCUCAAUGAGUACUAGUGCUGGUGGUUCUGUUCUUGGAUCAUCAAAGCCUUCGUGUAGGCCUUGGGAGCGUGGGGAUUUGUUGAGACGAUUAGCUACUUUUAAGCCGUCAAAUUGGUUUGGAAAACCUAAGAUUGCUAGUUCAUUGGCUUGUGCGCGGAGAGGCUGGAUGAAUACAGAUGUUGAUAAAGUUGUCUGUGAAUCAUGCAGUGCAUGCUUGAGUUUUGUUUUGUUACCAUCCUGGACCCAAGCUGAAGUUGAAAGUGCUGGUGAAGCCUUUGCCAAACAGCUGGAUGAUGGUCACAAAGUCAGCUGUCCUUGGAGAGGGAACAGCUGCCCAGAAAGCUUGGUGCAGUUCCCUCCAACUACCCAAUCUGCUUUAAUUGGGGGAUAUAAAGACAGAUGUGACGGACUCCUGCAAUUUCAAAUCCUUCCUAUUGUUGCUGCAUCUACAAUUGAGCAGAUGCGGGUUUCUCGGGCUCUAGUGGUUGAUCGGUUUUUAUCCCAGUCCCAGAAUUUUAUUUCCGGGGAAGGAGACUUCAAAUCAGAGGGCAUACCAGAACUUGAAACCUCCAGAGAUGGGACAUUCUGUCUGUAUUCACGUGCCCAAAAACUCAUAAGCCUUUGCGGAUGGGAACCAAGAUGGCUUUUAAAUGUUCAGGAUUGUGAAGAAAAUUCAGCCCACUCAGCACGAAAUGGUUCUUUUGGCCCUGCCCAGGCCCAAGUCCAUCUUUCACAUGAUCCUGGUCCAAGCAAUAAUGCCCACUCUGCCUCAGUCAAAAAGGACACUGGAAAGAGCAAACUCUUAGCUGUGGAGUCAAGAUGUGAUUCCAGGUCACCCUUGUUAGAUUGUAGCUUAUGCGGUGCUACUGUCAGAAUACUGGAUUUCAUGACUGUUCCUCGCCCUGCUCGUUUUACUCCCAACAAUAUUGAUAUUCCCGAUGCAAACAAAAAAAUGGGAUUGACACGUGGAGUAAGUGCAGCUAGUGGAAUUAGUGGUUGGGUUGCUGCUGAUGAUACAGAGAAAGAACAUACAGAAGACCGUGAUGAAGUGGCAACAACGGACAAGGGUAAGUUGCUGCAGAAUGCGGAGGUUGACUUAAAUCUUACUAUGGCAGGGGGCUUACCUUUUACUCAGGCAGACAGGGCAGCGAUACCAGAUAGUGUUCAUGAUGCAGACAUGGGGAGAGAUUUAAUGAUUGGUCAACCUUCAGGCAGUGAGGUUGGUGAUCGUGCUGCUUCAUAUGAAUCACGAGGACCUAGUUCUCGUAAGCGGAGCCUGGAAGUAGGUGGUAGCUCAGAUGAUAGGGCCCACUUGAUAAUGCAGCCUGCUGACAGUGUAGAAGGAACUGUCAUUGAUCGUGAUGGUGAUGAAGUCACAGAUGGGGGACAAUUUUCGGCUGGUCCCUCAGCUGGACCCUCAAAACGUGCUCGCGACUCCGAUUUUUUUGAUACAAACUGUUCACCUUAUAAGAGAGACUCAUCUGGUGCUGGUCCUAGUCAUUCAGUGGGUCUUGACAUUUAUGGUGAUGGAAACAGAGGGAAUUUCUUUUGUCAAGGAAGUGACCAGGUUUUUGGAAUCACAUCAGCUAGGGAUUCAACACGUGCAUCUUCUGUUAUUGCAAUGGACACAGUAUGUCACAGUGCAGAUGAUGACUCUAUGGAAAGUGUUGAAAACUACCCUGGGGAUAUUGAUGAUGUUCAUUUGCCCUCGUCCAGUAUUUACGGCAAUCUGGAUAUGAACGAGACUUCUGAACUGAAUAAUAGCAACCAGGCUCAGCAAAGCAUUUGUUUCAGGCCUUCUGUUGGAGUAGUUCCUGGGGAAAUGGGGGUCAGUAGCACGAAUGAUGGUGAAGAAAUCUUCAAUGCAGAAACAGCGACAGCUCAGGCUCGAGACGGUCUUAGUUUUGGCAUUAGUGGAGGCAGUGUUGGCAUGUGUGCCAGUCAUGAAGCAGAAAUCCAUGGGGCUGAUGUUUCUGUCCAUAGAGCGGACAGUGUAGUUGGUGAUGUGGAACCCAGAGUUGAAGAUGUUGAAAACCAAGGUCAGACUGGUGAAUCUGCUCCUGAUCCUGGAUUAAUGGAUGAGAUUGUCCCUGAUGAAAUUAAUAGGGAAGAUGCUCAUGGUGAUAGCCAGGAGAUGUUGUCUCGAUCUGUGGAAAGAGCUGAUAGUGGCUCAAAAAUAGAUGGUUCCACAAAGGCUGAAUCUGUUGAAAGUGGUGAAAAAGUAGGUCAAAGCUGCAAGUUAUCUAUAGAUAAUAAUGCACACCCUUCUCUUUCCUGUAAUGCAAAUAUAUACUCUGGCUAUGAGACAACCAAGAAAUGGGUCAGCAAGGCUGGAAAGUCAUCCUCCACAAACAAUUGUCCAUGUGUAGAGUCAGAUUAUGCAGUUGCCAACGGGAUAGGGCCCCCAAAAGGUGAAAGCAACUAUGAAGAGCCUACAGAGUUUGAUCCAAUUGUUCAUCACAAUCAGUUCUGCCCAUGGGUGAAUGGAGAUGUUGCUGAUGCUGGCUGCAGUAGCCGUGUUUCUGGCAAUAAUGCUGAUACUGCUGCACUCUGUGGAUGGCAGUUGACAUUGGAUGCUUUAGAUGCACUGCGCUCACUUGGACAUAUUCCAAUUCAAACUGUGCAGUCAGAGUCAGCAGCAUCAUUAUACAAGGAUGAUCAUCAAACUCCUGGUCAAAAGCUCCUUCGACGGCAUUCUAUGAGCAGAAGCCAUGGGCAGCAUUGAUAUUUAAUGAGAACUGCAAAGGUACUUGCAAUUAUUAAUAAGAUCAUCUCAAUCCGAUAAAUUCCUGCAGUAAUGCACCUUUUUACAUAUAUUUGUUUGUGACUGGAAUUAAGAGCGUGCACUAUUUAUUGUAAAAAGAUUCAAUAUUAAUUGAUGAAUGGAAUUGGAACUUGGAGAAAAAGAGGGAGAGAGACUCCUUUGCUGUUCCGUUAAGUUUGAAAGAAGAAACUACAUGUGGAUUCAGUUGAAUGGAGCAUAUGCAAAUAAAGCAAAGAAAAGUUGCACUAUUGAGAUGGUGCCUUGUCAUCUGUGAAGGGGAUAAGUAUAGAACUGAAGAAAGAAAAAGGAAAUAAACAAUGGUUUCAUGCCUAAAGGAAUAAGUGGAUGAACUAAGCAGACAUUUAAAAAGAAAAUCUCGAACUGGGUGUCCUCCAUUUUAUCGGGUCAGGUUAGCUGACCUGAUUAACCAAAGUCAAUAUCUUUUCUGCCAAGUUCAUUCUAAGAAAGCAACCAAGUGAUUGUGAUUUUGUAUCUUUUCUUAUGCCAAUGCCGUGUAGGAUGAAACUGCUGAUUGAAGUGAACAUUGGAAUCCAGUUUGCUAAUUGGCUGAAGAGCUACUACUGGUGAAAGUUAAAGCAAUCUUUUCCGUCUUUCUUGUUUCUCCUUUUUGCAGUUGGUUGAUUCAAGUGUUAUUCCCAAAACUCGAGGUGCCAGUUCAUGCAGCAGUAUAUGUUGAAGUACUUUGACUCAUUGUUGUUCCUACUACCUCGCAGCUAACAAUAUGUUGUUGAACAAAAAUUAAUCAAAGUCAUCUUCUUUCUGUUGCUGCAAUUUUCUUUUUGGUAUUGAAAAUUGAGAGAGCGAUUAUAAUAAUAGUAGUAUUUGAUCA